AUGAAGUCAACAAAAAAUAAAGGCCGUGGUGCAAAAACUGUAUUGGAGGUCAUCAACGAAUGUAAAAGAGAAAAAAGCGAUUUUCACUCGCAUUUAUCGAAGUCGUUUGGAACUGGUUUGAAUCUGACCAAUUUGGAUUUGUCUUCCAAUGGUAUUAGUGAUGCGGGUGCUACAUGUAUUGCUGAGGCAAUCAAAGUGAACAAGACGCUAACCAAUUUGGAUUUGCGAAGCAAUGGAAUUAGUGCUACGGAUGCUACAUGUAUUGCUGAGGCAGUCAAAGUGAACAAGACGCUAACCAAUUUGUAUUUGUCUAAGAAUGAUAUUAGUGAUGCGGGUGCUACAUGUAUUGCUGAGGCAAUCAAAGUGAACAAGACGCUAACCAAUUUGGAUUUGUCUAGGAAUCGUAUUAGUGAUGCGGGUGCUAGGUGUGUUGCUGAGGCAAUCAAAGUGAACAAGACGCUAACCAAUUUGAAUUUGUCUUACAAUGGUAUUAGUGAUGCGGGUGCUACAUGUAUUGCUGAGGCAAUCAAAGUGAACAAGACGCUAACCAAUUUGGAUUUGGGAAUCAAUGGUAUUAGUGGUGCGGGUGCUACAUGUAUUGCUGAGGCAAUCAAAGUGAACAAGACGCUAACCAAUUUGGAUUUGGGAAUCAAUGGUAUUAGUGAUGCGGGUGCUACAUGUAUUGCUGAGGCAAUCAAAGUGAACAAGACGCUAACCGAUUUGGAUUUGCGAAGCAAUGGUAUUAGUGCUGCGGGUGCUACAUGUAUUGCUGAGGCAAUCAAAGUGAACAAGACCCUAACCAAUUUGUAUUUGUCUUUCAUGUCUUUCAAUGGUAUUAGUGAUGCGGGUGCUACAUGUAUUGCUGAGGCAAUCAAAGUGAACAAGACGCUAACCAAUUUGGAUUUGCGAAGCAAUGGUAUUAGUGAUGCGGAUGCUAGGUGUAUUGCUGAGGCAAUCAAAGUGAACAAGACGCUAACCAAUUUGUAUUUGUGGGAUAAUGGUAUAAGUGAUGCGGGUGCUACAUGUAUUGCUGAGGCAAUCAAAGUGAACAAGACGCUAACCAAUUUGGAUUUGUCUGAGAAUCGUAUUAGUGAUGCGGGUGCUACAUGUAUUGCUGAGGCAAUCAAAGUGAACAAGACGCUAACCAAUUUGGAUUUGUCUGAGAAUCGUAUUAGUGAUGCGGGUGCUACAGGUAUUGCUGAGGCAAUCAAAGUGAACAAGACGCUAACCAAUUUGGAUUUGUCUGAGAAUCGUAUUAGUGAUGCGGGUGCUACAUGUAUUGCUGAGGCAAUCAAAGUGAACAAGACGCUAACCAAGUUUGAUUUGUCUUAGAAUGGAAUGUCUUGCUGAGGCAAUUAAAGCAGGGUUUAAACAACUUUGAAGUAGAAGGGCACUGCCUUUAAAGUAGGCAGGUACCUUUGAAAAUUGAGGGCCGAAGGCCUGAACCUCUAGGGGGUCCCAAGAAACGCAUUUUCCUGCAAUCUAGAGAAAAAAAUCUUUCUGCAAUGAUGCAUACUUAAUCUAUUAUAAUAAAAAAGAAUGGUACUCUGGGAGAAUUUGUUUAUUUCACUGUUGUUUUCGGAGCCUCUUUUUAUCCUACAGUUACAAGUUAAAGGCGCAUUUCCAACUUUGAUGCAACUCGCGCCGCGACCCAAUUUCCUGUAACACGAAAUUUCCAGAUCACUGAAAACCUUCUAAAAUCGUCUUUCUCAAGAGCCAUCCUGAACAUAUAGUCAACAGUUUUACGGUAAAUACAUUCGCCGUUCGUUAUUUCACUGUUUCCUUACAGUAUUUUGAAUUUAGUCUUGAAGAAUCCUAAGAAAAAAUUUUUUAAGUGUCACGCCUGGAGCUCUUCGUACUCUGUGAAGAGUCGGCGAAAAGGACAAUAUUCAAAUUUUUUCACUUUCUAGAAGCGCUUGAGGAUUCUAAAUGAAGACAAAAUACUUCCGAUAGAAACUGGUAUUUUUCACAGAGAAAUAUGGAAAAAUAUCAGACUGCCGGACGUUUAGUUAUUUGAAGACCGUGUCCGGUAGUGUCUGGUGAAAAUUUUCUUAGUGUCACGCUUGGAUCUCUUCGUACUCUGUGUACAAGGUCAGCGAAACGGAGAACGUUGGCAUUUUUUUCACUUUUUAGAAGCGCUUGAGGAUUGUAAAUGAAGGUAGAAUAUUUUCCAAUGAAAAAAAAUUAGUAUAUUUCAAAGAGAAAUAUGGAGUUGUUUGAGGACCAUGUCCAGCCGUGUCACUGAAAUUUUAAGCGCUUGGAUGGCUUCGUACUCUGUAUACAGGGUUAGCGAGAAACAUCAAGUUCGAAAUUUUAGGCUGCCUAGAAGCGCUUGAGGAUUGUACAUAAAGGUAGAAAAUUUUCACAUAAAUAUAUUUUUGGAUUUCGAAGAGAAAUAUGGAAAAAUAUCGCACUGCCGGACGCUUAAUUAUUUUAAGUGUAGUCACACAUUGCAGGAACUCGAACGUCAGCGAUACUGACAGUUUGCAUUACAAUUCUUAUUUACUGCUUUGCAUGGACAACAACCCCGACCACUCUUUCGAGCGCAAGUUCCUCUCCACGGGCAGGAAACUUCAACUGACUUAGUCCUAUUUAACAAAGAUGGCAAACUUCAAUUAAAAAAAACUGAUGAAUGAAAACGUGGUGGAUCAACAUUUUCACCUUCGAAAUGCACGCAAGGAUUUUCGCGUUUGUCUUUAGCAACAACCAAUCCAUAAGCGUUUACUGCCUCGGAAUCUACUAAAUCAAUAGAUUCAUCCAAUUCUAUACCGGAUUAAAACGUAUAGAACUGUCUUAAACAGAAUUAUUUAGAUAAACUCUUCAAAUUCAUCGGAGAAAACGCAGAAAGUAUUUUGAGACGUGACAAGGUAAAAAUAACUGACCAAUCAGAGGCGCUAUUGAAACAAAAGCGGUGGUUAAAACAAAAACAAACGACCGCGUUGCAUCAAGGUUGGAAAUGGGCCUUUAAAUUCAGCCUAUAAAGUGAUAAAGUGUGAAACUGACACUUUAAGUAGUUUAUGAAAACUCAAAGUCUGAGCUGCAAUCAGUCUUCGGCAUCCAAAUCUGGCAGCUCCAAGGCUUUGGAGAUUUCCUCUACCUCUUCCUCAACAGAAUAGAAUAACUGGGCGUCAUAAUCAGUUGCCUGUACACCAACAUCAUGUACAAUUACCACAGGAACAUCCUCAUCUGCAGAUCCUGGACCCGGUGGUGGUGCUGUGUUGAAAACCUUCGGAGGGCGCUUGCGACGAGGUUUAGCUGCCAACCAGGACGAAAUAGCCCCCUACUGCUUGGCCAUUGAUCAAAAUGUGGAGAAGAGUGUUAAGCAUGUCAUUCUGCAUUCUACUGCGGAGUCUGGUUAAGUUUUGAGAAGCUUCAAAGCACUUGCUCCUCUCUAAGGCCACACAUCUGACACUGAAAGGGAGACCACUGCAUUUGCGUAAAGUGAACAAGACGCUAACCAAUUUGGGUUUCACUUACGAUGCUAUUGGUGAUGAGAGUGCUACAUCGAUUGCUGAGGUAAUCAAAGUCAACAAGACGCUAACCAAUUUGAAUUUGUAUGGCAAUUGUAUGAGUGAUCCUGAUGCUACGUCUAUUGCAGGGAAAAUUAAAGUCAACAAGACUCUGACCAAUUAA